CGAAAGCUGAUUUUGGCAUGCUUGUCUACAGGCUGGCGUUGAUAUGGCCUGCGGAAUGUAUAUAAGUCAGCUGCUUGAAGCAUGUUCGUACUGGGGAAUCAGUCUUGACUUGCUGCAAUCGUACUCGGAGCUAAUCCGGAAGCAGCAGUCUCGACCUCCAGUCGUGCUUCUCUACCCGACAUUGAGAGUGACUGUGAGUUUCCUCCCGUCCGCUUAAGCUCCUUCUGACAGGAUUCAAAAACCCACAAGCUUCUCUUGUGCAGGACCGUGAGCAUAUCGACAAUGUCGUACCCAACGCAAGAACGUGAUUUGGAAAGGGCGUCUCGAUUGGAGGAUAUACUGUCCAGACCUAUUCAAACCAAAUCAGUGGUUGCGAACCCUGCUCCUCUGGGGCUCAUGGGAUUCGCCUUGACGACAUUUGUGCUGUCUUGCCACAACGCUGGAGUGAUUAUUCCACAGAGUGCUCCUCAUACUGUCGUCACAGGUUUGGCUGCUGGGUACGGUGGAUUGGCGCAACUUCUCGCUGGAAUGUGGGAGUUCUCAGCCGGUAACACUUUUGGAGCUACUGCAUUCUCGUCAUAUGGCGCAUUCUGGCUGUCGUUCGCUGUGAUUCAGAUCCCGGCCUUCGGUGUUCGUGCUGCCUUUGUAGCCAGCGAGUCUCUAGUCGACUACAAUGAAGCUCUGGGGCUUUGGCUGCUGGGUUGGACCAUCUUCACCUUCAUGAUGUGGUUAGCCACCCUGCGAACGAACGUGUGCCUCACCAGCCUGUUCUUCUCGCUGUCCAUCACUUUCCUCCUGCUGACCAUAGGUGAAUUCUCACUAGACAAAGACAUGACGAAGGCUGGUGGUAUUUUCGGCAUCAUUACAGCUUUCAUUGCAUGGUACUUGGCUCUGGCUCAGAUCGUAAACAAGCAGAACUCGUUCUUCGAGCUUCCUAUUGGACCUGUAGCCAGAUCAGACCACAAAUAGUUUAGUUCUGCUGACACACGAACUAGAUCUCAAUUACAGUUCUGAGAUGUGUAAAUUUCCGGAAGGGACUGAGUUUAUUUGCUUCGCGACGGAUUUUCGAAGCUCUUAUACCCUUCAGACCCAAAGUUUUGUAUAGGACAUGAUUAUUACAAUAAUCAUGCCUGUCAUAGACACCGAUCAGAUCCACUGACAGUGUAUUAUUAUAAUUGUUCAUUAUAGCCUCGAGCUUUCUCAAAUAAGACGAUUGCGUUUUGCGGACAAGUGUGUACAGUUUCUU